UAGGGGGCCGGCUCAGCCCCGUCUGUUUAUUGUUAUUCCCCAGGAGAUCGGCUUUAGUGAAGCAGAAAGGGGAGGCUGCUGUGUUUACUUUACCCGGGGAAGGUCAGGCUGUUCCUGCUGGAUAGCAAAGGCUUCUGGUUCCUUGGGCGCCGCCGGAUGCCGGGCAACGAGGAAGAAUAGGAGCUUUAUGCAUUUCUGGACAACCCAGCUUCUCAUCACUCCAGCAAAUGCCCGUGGCCCAAGAUGCACCUCCUGUUCUACAUGGGUUUGUGUACAGGACUUGUGGCAGCACCUCCUCCUUGGGUCAGUAUUGAAGUCCCCCAGGCUCUGCAGCUUUCAGAGACUCCUCAUCUUGCCAAAUCCUCUGUCAUGUGUCACCAUGACAAGAUGGCUGCCAUCCCACAGGGAGCUGAGUCUCCUUGCAAGUCUCACCCUGGGUUGGAACACUCCCUUAGAGCCAGCGUUGCCAAGAUGCAGGUCCGUGGCCCUGCCGUGCACUGUGAGCGUGAAGGGGUGUGCAGCGUGAGCAUGGGAAACAGAGUCCAGGCUGAGGUCUCCCUCGCAUCAGCGCCUCCAUAUCUUGGCCUAUUUCUCUCCUUGUGCGCCCUCUCUCCAUCUUCUGAUCCUUUUAACCACUCCCAACUUCCGCUACUUGCAAAUGGUUGUCCUGUAAAGCCAGAUGUUUCUAUCUCCCUGGCUCCACCCACACCAUGCUCCACACCCAUGAAGAACUUCAGUUUUAGGCUUGGGUCCUUCUACAACAAUUCCAUACAGUUCUUGCAUUGUCAUGUGGCGAUUUGUGUGCAGGACCCUUUCCUGUGUCGAGGCAUAAAUAGCGAUGGAGGCCCAAAUAUACCAAAGUGCCCCACCCCAGAUGGAAUGUGCUCCAGCUUCUCGCCUCCAUUGCUGAAGAUGAAGGCCCAUUAUGUUCGUACUGUUACACAGCCGCUGAUUGUUACUAUUCCUGUAGCGUCUAAUUCUCUUCUGCAACCCAGGGCAGGCCAGAAGAAAGCACCUCCCCCUCCUCAUGCAGAGCCAGGGGAGCAAGGUGUUAGCAUGGCGGUGGUUGUUGGAAUUACACUCUGUUCUUUCGUCAUUGGUGUGAUGCUGACUGCUGGGCUCUGGUUUAUUCAUAGCAAGACAGCUCCUGCACCUUCAGUGAUACGUGGAGCCUCCCAAGGACUUCAGGCAUCAUGUAUUUAAAUCUAAAAGCUCCAGAGGAUUCCGCUGUCAUGUUAUCAAUAUGCUUAUCAAUCGCUUCUGCACUCUCUAAUAAAUCAUAAUGGCAGUAAAUUG